UUUUGGUUUCUGUCCCUGCUGCCAUUUCAUUUCCUCGUUGCUGACAGGCCCAUUGGGUCCUGGAGAUUCCUUUCAUGUCCUGGGAUGAGAAGCCCAAGGACUUCUCGUGCAGGAACAAAUGCGUACGGGCAGCAAUCCAGGCUGAGGUGGAGCCCGGUGGUGUUGGGUACUUCCUCACUCCCUGAGGACUCUGUUGGCUCUUGGGACAGCACUUUCUUCCUCCCCCCUCUCCUCCCCCCACCAGGCCCUUUGGCUGCACACUUUGCACCCUGAGCUGGAUGAGGCACUGGCCCCUUUUGCAGUUCACGCUCUCAGUCCCGUGGCUGCUCCCAGUCCUGGGCAGUGCUGCCAACGCAGGGCAGGCUGAGGGCAAUGGCCUUUGGGGCUGCCUGGAGCUGUGGGUCUGGGCACAGCCCAGUGCUUGAAAAUGGUUUUCCAGAGGCCUGGAAUGGAGCUGCCCUUGCUGGAGGGGAAUUUGCCCCCACAUGGGACACAAGCCUGCAGACAGCACACACUCCUGGCUUGGCCCAACACCAAAAGGCCAACACCGAAUCAAAGCGUGACUCGCCAGGGGUAGGGAGAGUCCAUCCCAGGCAAUUUGCCUACUGAAGGCAUUCCUUUGCCCUCCUGGGAUGCGUCCCAGCUGCCUCCAUGUCUGCAGGGCAGGAAGAGCAUCGCUGCUUGGCGUAGUGUGAGAGCUGGGUUUGUACCCGGGGCCCUUCUGGGCACGUCCCCUCCCUGAGCAUCCCCAGGUCUGUUCCGGGUCCUGCCCGGCCUCACUCCCUGCGGAGCUGGGGGAAGUUUCCUUGGCUCCCCAAUGGUGCUGGAUUUGGUUUCAGGCUGAGGAGGCCCUUGGGGAAUGGCAGGGGAGGUGUGCUGAAGCCCUAAUGCCAGGAGGAGAUGUACCACCUCUGAACCAGGGAAGGGCCCCAGCCUGUAGGGAGUCAUUUUCUGCAACUCUUUCUUUCCCUCCACAGCACAUUGGUGAGGGCUCCUCACUGCAGCACAGUCUUCUUGGCCAGGCAGGGGAGGCCUGUGUGUCUGUCCCCUUCCAACAUCCAAGUCUCUCCCCACAGCUGACCCUAGCCCACGGUCAGAUCUCCCAGGAGGAGGUCUGUGGGCUCUAAGAUCUGUAGUUUAGUCCCCAGUCCAUCCUGAUGCAAGAGGUUCUUCCUUUCCAGGUGCAGGACAGUUCCCCCUGCCUGAUCUUGUUCUACUGUGGGGAAGAUCCAGAUGUUCCAAGGACUUUCAGGAGCUUGAAUUCCUGACAGAAAGUCCUGACAGUAAAGAAUAAGAACAAGAAGCCUUUGAGUAUCUCCAGCUUUCCUGUAUCCCGUGCCCUCAGGGAAGGUGCCCUGUUCACCACUGGGCCUGCCUUUGGCCAAGCCCCCCUUUGCUGAUGACCUGCCUGGAGAAGACCACCUUGUUGCCCUCCAUGUGCUUGGCCGGAUUCAAUCAGUGCCAGGUGGGCUUUGGCUUUCCUAACCCCACCCUGGAUUCUCAGCCUGUCAAACCUCCUCCCCAGAGCAAAGGGCACCAAGAGGAAGAGCCCUGGAACCACUGGCACAGCCUGGCUGCCUGGAGAUGCCACAGCUCGUGAUGUGUGGGGAGAGGUGAGAGAGAGGGAAGAGAGAGAAGCGAGUGACAUGUCCCCAAACCACAGCUUUUGAAUGCUCUUCUGAACGUGUGCAGUGAGGGACAGACCUGGGCCUCUUCCUGCAAAGGGUAUUGCAAAGAGUUGCUUUUCACUGCCCCAAGACAACACCUCUGGCACUAAGGAGACAACUUCUGCUUCCACUGACAGGAUUCUGCCUGGGACAUCCUUUGGCUUCCCAGCACAGGACAUGAAAGGAUCCUGCAAAGCAGGACAGGAAUGCCAGAAAUGAGGAAAUGAAAUGGCAGCGUAGAUGGAAACAAAACCUGAAUCUGUGCCAUUGCAUUGGAGAGUUUGCUUUGGAGAUGAGUCUGUUGGAAAAUUACUGCCCUGGUGCAGCGACUGUGGGCCUGGGGCAGUGCAGGAGCAGUAUAAAAGCAGGCUCUUCUCCCUACUCCCACAUUCCCUCCACUCGCCUCCAUCUCCUUGGGAACAAGGUGCAGCUCCAGCCCCAGACAUGUCCUGCUACACCCCGUGCCGGCCCUGCCAGCCCUGCGGCCCGACCCCGCUGGCCAACAGCUGCAAUGAGCCCUGUGUCAGGCAGUGCCAGGACUCCAUCGUGACCAUCCAGCCCUCCCCUGUGGUGGUGACCCUGCCCGGGCCCAUCCUCAGCUCCUUCCCACAGAACACCGCCGUGGGAUCCUCCACCUCCGCUGCCGUUGGCAGCAUCCUCAGCUCUCAGGGAGUGCCCAUCAACUCCGGGGGCUUUGGUCUCUCUGGCCUGGGCAGUGGCCUCUGUGGCAGGAGCUGCUUCCCCUGCUAA